AAGCCAGGCCGAGUGGGUCAGGAGUUUGUCAAUUGGCACGUUUGAGUUCGUUUGGUUUAUUCGACAACACAAUUACCCUUUCCAUGCGAGAUCAAGGCAAAACAGAAACAUACUCUGGAAACCCUAGACCCGAGGAGAUUCAAAAAAUGUCGCAAACGCACCAAGAAAACGCCGUAACCCAGCUGCGCCACUUUAUAACACGGAGCAGCUAUGAGGGCGCCUGGGACAGGAUGGUGAACGUGAUGGACGGCUUUGGCAGCUAUCGGUAUCCGGAUGGCAGCGAGUACCGCGGUCGUUUUCAGCAAGGCCAGUUCCAUGGCUUCGGCCACCUACGUCUCGCUCAGCCGUACCGGUUCACCAUAAAGGGCGAGUUUGAACGCGGCCGGCUGGUGACCAUCGAGGAUAUGUGGUUCUCCGACGGCCUACACGUCCAGGGGAGCUUCAACAGCAACGGGCUGGACUGUGCGGACUGGGAGUACCUGACGCCAGAGGAUAGGCGCUACCAUCCGGAAAAGCGCUACGGCCAGCAGCCGGUGGGUCCCACCUCCUUUCUUACCGCUAAACUCCUGCCCAGGGUGGUGCCCAAGGGCUGCUACGACGCCGAGGAGGGAAUCUAUAAUGCCGAAACUGGAUGGCUGAGCGAACGCCCGGCCCCAUUCACUGGGACGACCUACAUAGGAUGUCCGCGGGAAAAGGAUUGGAUUUUGCGGCAUUGCCGGAAAGCCCGCAGCACGGACAUUAUUGAGCCAUCGCCAAGCAUGUGCCGGAGCAUCAUUGCGAACAAUUUGGCCACGGAGCGGGAGCAGAUGCAGCGCACUGCCAUCUACGCCCCUCGUGGCAAAGUGGAUCGCGAGCGCUACUACCACAAGCUGGACAAGCCGCGGGCCGGCGCCCGGGAUAACUUGGCCCACGAUCAGGAUCCCCUGCAGGCAUCCACUCUCCGUCAAAAACCACUUCGUCCCGACGAUCCGGCACGCGCCACGGACUUGUGCGUCCGGGCCUAUGCUCGCAUGCUGGAGAAGCAAGAACAAGAGCAGCAGAGGCUCCAUAAACUCAACCCAUGCAAACCAAAGAUGGAUCCUGUGGAUAGGCCGCGUGAAUGGACCAGCACGUCGGACGUCCGGAAGCCGCAGUCCGGCGGAGAGUCCAGCUGUGAGUCGGAUAGCUUCGGGGCGUGCUCGCUGGGGAUCAAGCUCAGCGAUGACUACCUCUCCGCCAAUACCAUGGGCAAGAAGAAGGUCGGCGACAACUUCAACGUAGUCCAGUCGAAUCUCAUCCGCCGCUCUAGCUAUAUGGACAUGACUCGAUCCAUAUUUGAACUGUAGGUGCCCGGAUAUAAUACCACGUUAUACUUUUCCACGAUUAAAAUUUUUUGUUACCCCUUAAA